UAUCUGCAGGCUUGAGCGUAGUCCUCAACACCAUGAUGGAGCUUUUCAAGUGGCUGUUUGUUAUUGUCGGCCUGAUCUGUGGCACCUCUGCACAGAAUUAUUGGAUGCAGCCUCCGGUGCAGAAACCCCAGCUUUCUCCAUAUCAGCCCCCCCAGCUUUCUGUGUUUCAGCAUCCCCAGCAACUGUCUAAGGUGCAUCCACCUGCAGCUCCUUUGGAUAAAUGUCAUGUGCAGGAGGAAGAGAAGAUCCACUGUGGGAGCCUAGAAAUCACAGCUGAACAGUGUGAAGCCAUUAGCUGCUGUUUUGAUGGACGUCGGUGCUACUAUGGGAAAGCUGUGACUGUGCAGUGUACCAGGGACGGUCAGUUUGUGGUGGUUGUGGCCAGAGAUGUCACUCUGCCGCCCAUUGAUGUAAAUUCAAUCAGCUUGCUUGAACCGAGCGACGCGGUCUGCAGCCCAGUCGACGGCACCUCAGCCUUUGUGAUAUUCCAGUUCCCUGUGACGGCUUGUGGUACUACUCUUAAGGAUGAAGAAGACUACGUUGUCUAUGAGAACCACAUGUCUUCUUCUUAUGAAGUGGGAGUUGCACAAAGUGGAUCCAUAACCAGGGACAGUCAUUUUGAGCUGCUGUUCCAGUGUAGAUAUUCUGGCACCACUGUGGAGGCUCUGGUGCUGGAGGUGAAUCCUGUUCCUCCUCCACUGUCUGUCGCAGCUGCAGGACCUCUGAGAGUUGAGCUCCGACUCGGCAGUGGACAAUGUCACGCAAAGGGAUGUGUAGAAGAGGUGGCAGGAUUCAGCUCCUUCUACAGCUCUUCAGAUUACCCAAUCACCAAAGUGUUGCGAGAACCAGUUUUUGUUGACGUGCGUCUCUUGGAAAGGUCUGACCCAAACAUAAUUCUGAACCUGGAGCACUGCUGGGCUACAUCUACCCCAAACCCUGAAGGACGGCCACAGUGGGACCUGCUUGUUAAUGGGUGUCCCUACCAUGAUGACAGAUACCAAACUACUAUUGUUCCUGUGGAUGAAUCUUCUGGUCUCGAGUACCCAACUCACUACAAACGUUUCGUCAGCAGAAUGUUUGCGUUUGUUGCUCCAGAAACACUUUCUCCUCAAAAAGAAACGGUGUUUUUCCACUGUACCACAUCUGUAUGUCACCCAAGCAGCACAACCUCUUGUGAGCAACAAUGCCACAGACAACGAAGAGCUGCGGUAAUGAAAGUCCCCUCAAACCAGAGGUCAAUGGUCUCGAGCGGUGAAGUGAUCCUGACUAAAGCCACAUCUUUGUGAACCCACUCAAAGCCAAUAAGACUUUUUUUUUUAAUAAUAAAGCUUGUUGAA